AUUAAACUAUUAAUUAGCUUCUUCAACUAUAUCUAUAUGCAGUAUAUAUAUAAAUGCUUCAAUUCGUUUCCAUUACUUUUCUAUCUCCUCAUCACUCUGAUAUAAUUAAUUAAUAUUAAGCAUGUCAUCAAAUAGAACACUAGUGAGGCAUGUGUUUGAUGUUCCUGAAGAGAUAUGUUACGUGCAAUGUGGAUUGUGUUCAUCCAUUUUAGUGGUCAGUGUGCCAUGCACCAGCAUGUCAAUGGCGGUUCUCAGUGUCAGAUGCGGCCACUGCUCAACCAUUCUCUCUGUCAACAUGAUCAAACCUUCCUUUCUUCCUUCUCUGGUAACCCCUUCCAAUCAGAUAAAUAUUGAGGAUGGCAACAAGAUUAGCACUUUGAACACUCUUAAUAAUUAUAAUGAUUGUGAGGAAGCCAAUAAUAAUGUAACUACUCCAUUCACAACUGAUUCUGCUCCCAAUAAACCACCAGAAAAGAAACAGCGAACACCCUCGGCUUAUAACUGUUUCAUCAAAGAAGAGAUUAAGAGGCUUAAAGCUGAAAACCCUGAAAUGGCCCACAAGGAAGCUUUCAGUACUGCUGCAAAAAAUUGGGCCAAUUUCCCCCCAUCUGAGUAUAGAAGAGGAGAUGAUGAAAUUGACGAAGAGCGCUCUACCCACACACCCCAACUUGCUAAUAAUAAUAAGGUGAAUAUUGAAGAAGGUGAAGAUCGACGUGGAAGAAAGAAUCUAGAGAAUUCUAUGAUAAAUGCACCGUUCAAGUGAAGAAAUAAAAAGAUGUUCUCAGAAUCAUUCUUUAAAAAAAAAAAAAAAAAAAAAAAAAAAAAAAAAAAACAGAAUGGAAAAGGAAA